AUGGAAAACCAAAGCUACUUCAAGACUGUCACCUCUCUACAAUCCAAUCGCUCAGAAUACCAACUCAGCAAACCUAUCAAAUCCUAGGAUAAGCCUUUGAAGGAAUCCGAUCUUGCUUUGUACCAAGCUGCCAGAGACAAAUGCGCUAAUAAAUAAACUGAAAAAUUGUCAACUCCACUAUUUUAAGUUACCACAUUAAUUACAAAUGCAGCUCCACUCCACAAACCCACUGUUAAGACUACUCAAUUUAGCAAUCAACCAACUAGUGUUUUUGAUUUUACUGAUAAUCGUAAAGAAUAGGCUUUUAAACCUCAUUGUAUCAAGGUUACUGAACCAGGAAACAACUCAGAUUUAGUUUACAAGCAACAACUAAAAACAUCCAAUCUCCCCAACAGAGAGAACUUGUAUCGUAACCCAAUUACCAAUGGCGAUCCCAAGAGUGAAUAUAAUAGAAGUACCAAAACACCCUUCCCAAAAAAUCAAAUUAACUUUGUUGGAUGA